AGAAUGCCAAAUGUAGUUGUUACGACAAUUGCCGGUGCACAUUAUAAAGAAGAAGAAUGCCUUAAUAUAGGUUUAAUACACAUACGUGAAUUUGAACAGAAUUUUCUUAAUAUUCGUGCAAAUGAUAACACAGUGCUUUGCCAAAAAUGUGAGCAAUUAACUGCAUAUUUAAAUAACGUAAAUAGUAAGUUAGGAAAUUAUAAUAAUAAUAUAUUAUUUACGUUAUAUGAUGCAGAAAUAAAUAAACUACUUAAUAUUUGUACUGGGACCAAAUGCUCUAGCAAAAUUUUACAAGAUACUUCAAAAAUUUCUCAAUAUUUAUCACAAGAAGAACAAGGAAAUGAAAGAGGUCAAUAUGAAUUAAGUGAAAAAGAAGGGAGUCAACAAAGAGGACAUUCGCAACCUGAUGUAAAAGUUCUUGAUAUAUCUUCUCAAACUCAAGAUGUAGCAUCAAGAUCUGUGAGUAUACAUCAGUUUAGUGCACAUGUAUCAGAAAUCCCUGCGUCACAAGUAUCGUCUCCCACAGCUCUCCUAGAAAAUGCAGAAGUAGAAGACAGUGAAUCUUUUUCUCCUUUACAGUCAAAACGUACUGAAGAACUUAGUCCAAAUCAUAAAGCUCAAGAAACUUUACCAGAUACAACUCUUCUUCCAACAAAUUCACCUGAUACUCAUUCUGUUAGUUUGGACAAUGAUGGAAUCCUGGGUAAUAUUAGUCAUGUUCUUGUUACAGGAGUCUCUAAUUUUGUAGACUCUUUUUACGAAACACUUUUUUCAGGGGUAUUUGCCCAUUCACAGAAAGUGCAAAAUAAAUGUGGUCAUAAAAGUUCUAAUAAAAUUGAAUCAGAUAUGUCAGUUACUACUAAUACACAUUUAACUCAAUUGCUCAGUGAUUGUGAACGUGUUAAUGACACAACUUCUUGCUAUGAAAAAACUUGUGGUGUUCAUGAUAUCAACUCAUCUUCUAGAGAUGUAGCACCAUCGGGGAAAAAUGCUGACCAAUUAGCUAUUCAUAGUGAAUCAUCUCAUAGCACACCUAAUGAAGGGGUUACAGAAGAACAAGUAACUUCUCUUAAUUCUCAUGUGACUUCUAAUAUACCUAAUAUGCCACCCCAGGCAACAGCAGAUUCAUCUUGUAUUGAUGAGUCUUUUGACAAUAAUGGAGAAGAAAGUGAAGAUGAAUUACGUGUAACUACAGGUACAGAUGGUGUGGGUAGCACAGGGAAUGGUUUUGUGCUAGAUGGGUCUUAUGGCGAUUUUCAAAGAAUACCAUAUAUAUUAUAUAUUGUAAUAAUUUUGGUA